AUGGGUCUUCCCCAACCGAGGCUUCCUCCGCCAGCUCUGCCGCCUGGACCAGCAGUUGCAGGGUGCAGGCCAGAGCUGAGGGGCCAGAACUGGCCCUUACUCUCUGCCACGGGACUCUACCACUUUGCUACUCUGGCAUUGGCCCUCCUGUUGUUGCUGGAGCCCCUGCAACAGGCAGAUGCCUGGAAGAUGGAGAGAACUUGGGGUGGAGCCUGCCCUACAGCCUGUUGCUGCCAUCUGCCUGUCACCUGCACCCCUCUCAACCGCUACCUUCAUGCCCCACAGAAACAGCGUCAAGUGUGCAGAGACAGGCGGCUGGAAGCCAGCAGCACAAACUCUCCAUCAGUGAAGACCACAGUCUGGACAAGAUACUCCUCCAGGAUGGAUGCAGUGCAGAAGCAGGACCUCCGGAGGCCCAAGAUCCAUGGCGGAGUCCGAGUGGCCCCCUACCAACCGCCUACUCUGGCCUCAUUGCAGCGGCUGCUGUGGGUCCACCGGACCACCACGCUGACCCACAUCAAUGAGGUCUGGCCCAACCUCUUCCUGGGAGACGCGUAUGCGGCCCGGGACAAGAGCAAGCUGACCCAGCUGGGAGUCACCCACGUCGUGAAUGCUGCUGCGGGCAAGUUUCAAGUGGACACAGGUGCCAAGUUUUACCGUGGGAUGUCCUUGGAAUACUAUGGCAUCGAGGCGGAUGAUAACCCCUUCUUCAACCUCAGUGUCUACUUUUUGCCUGUCGCUCAUUAUAUCCGAACAGCGCUCAGUACUCCUCAAGGCCGAGUGCUGGUUCACUGCGCCAUGGGGGUGAGCCGCUCUGCCACGCUGGUCCUGGCCUUCCUCAUGAUCUAUGAGAACAUGACACUGGUGGAGGCCAUCAAGACGGUGCAGGCCCACCGUGACAUCUGCCCCAACUCGGGCUUCCUCCGGCAGCUUCAGGUGCUGGACAACCGACUGGGGAGGGAAACAGGACGACUCUGA